GUGAUACCAAUUGUAUCGGUGUUCUACUUCCUCAGCUUCCUUGACCGUUCAAAUCUUGGAAAUGCUCGGGUUGCAGGACUUCAAGAAGGGCUUGGGUUGUCGGACCAUCAAUAUUCUGUGGCAUUGACGGUAACAUACAUUCCGUAUAUUAUGGCUGAACUACCAGCGAAUCUGUACCUCAAAAAGAUUGGCCCCCACAUCUUCCUACCAACAAUUGUAACGAUCUGGGGUAUUGUUACCACGUUGCAAGGGUUUAUCACCUCUUACAGCGGUCUAAUCGCGACUCGAUUUUUCCUUGGUUUAGUCGAAGGCGGACUGUUUCCGGGCAUAGUCCUGUAUCUUUCGACCUUUUAUACUCGUCGCGAAUUGCAGCUGCGCAUUGCAUUAUUCUUCUCUGCGGCCUCGUUGUCAGGCGCCUUCUCAGGUUUAUUGGCAUAUGGCUUGAUCCGUUUAGAUGGAGUGGGCGGCCGGCCAGGAUGGGCUUGGAUCUUCAUUGUCGAGGGUCUCUUUACCGUUCUGGGUGGCAUUGUUGGCUAUUUCAUCAUCCCCGCUACACCUACUGCGACCCGCUUCUUGAGUGCGAGACAAAAAGAAAUCAUAUUGAAGCGUUUAGAGAGAGAUCAACCUUUGACAGAUAUAGAUGAACAGUUUUCCUGGUGGGAAGUUUGGGCAUCACUCAAGAGCCCACACGUUUUAUUCAACGUCGCCGCGUUGUUUGCAUCGGGAACUUCUCUUUACAGCCUGGCAUACUUUCAACCAACCAGUUGCCUUGGAUACGAUUCACAUCAAACACAGCUGAUGAGCGUACCUCCCUUCGCAGUUGCUUUUGUUUUCAUGUUGGCGUCUGCCUAUUGUUCAGAUCGCUUUCAAGCCAGAGGGGCUACAACGUGCGGCGGUGCGAUCCUCGGAGUAAGCAGAAGCUUGGACUCAAAAUCUCCAAUCCCAUCCCUCAAAUACGCCUCACUAUUUUUAUCGGUGCCAGGAAUUUACUCAAUACCACCCUCCGUGGCUGCCUGGCUAUCGAAUAAUAGCUUUGGUCAUUAUAGGAAAGCUGUCUCCAUAGCUGUUGGGUUUGUUUCCGCUAAUGGUGGAGGUAUUUUGAGUACCUGGGUAAAUCUGUCUCAUCUGGUCUCCUAG